GGACAAGGAGCGUGAGAACGAGAAAUCUGGAUCAUUUUCCGGAUCACAAGUCUACGUGGUCAAGGAAACGCACGACAAGAAUGCUGCGGCUUGCGCAGAACUCAAGCACGAGUUCGAGCGAAUGAAACGUCUACUUCAUCCCAACAUCACCAAGGUCGUCGAGUUGCUGGAGGGACGUGUGCCCGAGGAGGGCACUUGGAAGGAGUGCCUCUACGUCGUUUACGAGCAUGCAGUGGGCGGAGACCUCUUCAACUACAUGCAGAGCAUGAUCCGGCACGAUGCCGCGAGCUCUGUCACGGAGGCAUGGGUCGCACAGGUUUUCCGCCACGUCUUGCUGGGAGUCUCAUACCUUCACAGCGAGAGAAUCGUGCACAACGACCUCAAGCCGGAGAACCUCUUGUGCAUGAAAGAGUUUGAUCCUGCACAUCCUGAUCAAGUCCCCUGGGUCACCAUCACAGAUUUUGGGUGCGCCAAGGUCGAGGCUGACACAGAUUUCUGCUCGGGCGAUCCCAGAUACCAGUCGCCAGAGACAUUCAAGGCCCUCGUUGCCUCGCUGAAAGGCCACACAACACUGGGCUUGGCUGGUGAGAUCAGCUUUCCGGCAGACAUAUGGUCCCUCGGGGUCACACUCUUUGAGCUUCUGAGUGGAGGCGUCAUCCCCUUCGUUUACGAAGCAGCUCGACUGGAAGACGUCACGCAUUAUCCCAAUCAGUGGGAGAAGCUGAAGAAGGGUGUGCUGGAAGAGGAGUUGCAGCUUCAACCACACCUGGAAGGCAUUUCCGAGUCCGCUGCAGACUUGCUGAUGCGGAUGCUCCGCAAGGAGCCUGACGGCAGGCCAACUGCUGCCGAGGUGCUGAAGGACACUUGGUUUGAAACGAGUCCGACCUACGGCCGCAAGAUCAGCAAGCAAGCUCUGUCGAAGUUAGAAUUCAAGAAGAGCAAGGGCAUGGCUCACAUGAUCCUGCUGAACGCACUGGCCACCAAGCUUCAGCGUGACCACUACGCUGAAAGUUGGAAGGUGUUCCAGAAAGUGGAUGCUGACAACAAUGGUAGCAUCUCCCUAGAGGAAUUCCGCGCGGCGUGCAUUCAGCUCGACAGCCAAUGGUGUCCAUGCUCACAGGCCUCUCGCAUGGGACGCCGGCAGACGAGUGUCAGCGUCGUGGCUGACACUUUGUUCGAGAUCGCGGACAUCGACGACGACGGCAGCCUCAAUUUUCCAGAGUUUGUGGCGGCCGGCAUGCUUGCAGAUGCUACAGAGCCUGCCGUUGGCAGUCCUGCCAGCGGAGGCUUGUGGAGUGUCCCUGGCGGGAUUUUCACAGGUUUUGUCAAUGGGGCUCUCGGCAACCUGGGCUCUAAGGUCUUUGAGUCCAUCUACGACCCAAUUGCAGGAUCUCGAAAUGGCUCCCCUGUGAGGCAGGCUUGGCCAAAGGCAAUGGCUCCCUCUUCGAGUUUUGCCGCGAUGACAAUGUGUGGCGAGAACGAGGUGGUGAACGAGCUGGAGCUCAAUCUUGCAACCAUUCCUGCUUAUCUGGUCGGCGCAGAGGAUCCGCUAAGUCACUCGACGAAGCUUCCUCUCAUCGAGCAGACCGCUUCGAUGCUGAAGAAGUCCAAGACCAGCAACUACAAUCACUACUGUAACAACAGUGCUUAA